AACAGGAAGCGAGAAGGUCACUCUAACGAAAUUACUCAAAAAUAUAUUUUUAUAUACAGCGAGACAAGUUUAUUUUUCAUAAAACAAUUGCAAUCAACAGCACACUAAAGUUGCUGUAUUGAAAAGUGUGUAAGGUUGAAGAGGCGGAAGUCGCGGCGGGUGGUAGAAACCCAGACAGCUGACAGAGCGCACGCUAUGACGCACACACGUCACUGAUGGCGGACCGCUCAGUCCCCAGACCCACACGCGGAGGGACAAACGGGACAAAGUCACCGAGACACACUCUCAACAACCCUGGUCACUGAAUCCCUGCCAAAGCAAACCGUUCUGGGCAAAAAAAAGUAGUUAGUAGUAUGUGGGACGGGACCGGAUCGACGAGCACUGAGCGGGACCGCGGAGCCGAGGAAGUCGAGUGAAGCGAGCGGGACGCGUCCGGCUGACGCACCGCAUGUUGAGCCAGCACGUUGACGGGCAGAAGAAGGAACUAAUUCCCCUUAAAGUGAACUCUUGUUGGCGAAACUAUGAAAUUCGCCGAGCACCUUUCGUCCCACAUCACCCCUGAGUGGAGGAAACAGUACCUUCAAUAUGAGGCAUUCAAAGAUAUGCUGUACGCUGCCCAGGACCAAGCUCCAUCUACUGAAGUCACCGAUGAAGACACUGUGAAAAGAUACUACGCGAAAUUUGAGGAGAGGUUCUUCCAGACCUGUGAGAAGGAGCUUUUGAAAAUCAACACUUUUUAUUCAGAAAAGCUCGCUGAAGCUCAGAGGCGUUUUGCCACUCUGCAGAAUGAGCUGCAGUCUUCACUGGACGCCCAGCGCGAGAGCAACGCUCCGCCGGGGCUGCGCAAACGCAAGACCGUGUUCCACCUGUCGCAGGAAGAACGCUGCAAGCACCACAACAUCAAGGACCUUAAGCUCGCCUUCAGUGAGUUCUACCUGAGCCUAAUCCUGCUGCAGAACUACCAGAAUCUGAACUUCACCGGUUUCCGCAAGAUCCUGAAGAAACAUGACAAGGUCCUGGAUACCUCUCGCGGGGCCGACUGGCGUGUGGCUCAGGUGGAGGUGGCACCAUUCUACACCUGCAAGAAGAUCACGCAUCUCAUCAGUGAGACCGAGACGUUGGUCACCACAGAGCUGGAAGGAGGAGAUCGUCAGCGGGCGAUGAAGAGGUUGAGAGUUCCUCCGCUGGGAGCCGCUCAGCCUGCGUUGGCAUGGACAACCUUUCGUGUGGGUCUGUACUGCGGCAUCUUCAUCAUCCUCGCCGUCGCCUUCACCCUCACUGGCGCGGUGUUCAUCCGCUAUGAAAAUGUGUGGCCUCUGGUGCGGAUUUACCGGGGCGGCUUUCUCCUAAUCCAGUUCCUGUUCCUGUUGGGCAUUAACACGUAUGGUUGGAGACAAGCGGGUGUCAACCACGUGCUCAUCUUUGAGAUCAAUCCGCGAAACAACCUCUCUCACCAACACCUGUUUGAGAUCGCUGGUUUCCUCGGCGUGUUGUGGUGUCUCAGCAUCCUUUCGUGUCUCUACUCGGAGUACCUCUACCUUCCCAUGCAGAUCAACCCCCUCAUCCUCUAUGGCUUCAUGUUGCUCUUCCUCAUCAACCCCUUCAAAACCUGCUACUACAAGUCACGUUUUUGGCUCCUCAAGCUGCUGUUCCGAGUGUUCACGGCGCCAUUUCACCGCGUGGAGUUCGCAGACUUCUGGCUGGCCGACCAGCUCAACUCCCUGGUGGUGGUCCUGAUGGACAUGGAGUAUCUCAUCUGCUUCUACAUCUUUGAGCUACAGUGGAGCAACAGCAAGGGCUUGUUGCCCAAAACAAACGACGCCGGAAACUUUGUCUGCCACAGCUACUCGUACGGCCUGCGUGCCAUCAUUCAGUGUCUGCCCGCCUGGCUGCGCUUCAUCCAGUGCCUCAGGCGUUACCGGGACACCAAGAGGGCCUUCCCCCACCUUGUGAAUGCUGGGAAAUAUUCCACCACCUUCUUCGUGGUCACCUUUGCUGCGCUGUAUGCCACACACAGAGAGCAAGGCCACACAGAUGCAGACAUGUUCUUCUACCUGCUGGUCGUCUUCUCCUCUAUAAGCUCCUUGUACACACUGAUCUGGGAUCUGCGUAUGGACUGGGGUCUGUUUGACCGUGGAGCUGGAGAGAACACCUUCCUUAGAGAAGAGAUUGUUUACCCACAUAAGGCCUACUACUACUGUGCCAUCAUAGAAGAUGUCAUCCUGCGUUUUGCCUGGACCAUCCAGAUUUCUCUGACCACGAUGACCAAGAUUCACUCAGUGGGUGACAUUGUGGCCACUGUGCUCGCUCCACUGGAGGUCUUCAGGCGCUUUGUGUGGAACUUCUUCCGUCUGGAGAACGAACACCUGAACAACUGCGGUGAGUUCCGUGCGGUGAGAGAUAUUUCCGUGGCACCGCUCAACGCCGACGACCAGACGCUGCUGGAGCAGAUGAUGGACCACGACGACGGAGUCAGGAAUCGUUCUGGCAAGAAGAUGUGGAAGAGGUCCUACAGCCUCUCGCUGCGGCGCCCUCUACUGUCCGCCUCGCAAUCCAAAAAGGACACAAAGGUUCUAAUUGAAGAUACGGAUGAUGAGGCAUUCAGCUGAAUCCCCAACACGCAUGCACGUACACACACACACACACACGCACGCACGCACACAGACACACACACACACUUACAUACCUACGCACACACAAACCUGCACACAAUACUUACGUUGAUCUUCUUUACCAUCUCUAACGUUCAGUCCAAACCAGGGGACCCCAGACUACGGCCCGCGGAAACGAGCCGCCAGUGUCCAAAAUCCGGCCCGCGGGAGUUAAAAAAAAAAAAAAAAAAAUUUUUUUUUUUAAAUAUUUUGUCCUAAAAUCUGGCUUUUCUAAUCCAUUUUCUACCGCUUGUUACUCUCGGUGUCUCCUAGCCACUCAGGCAAAUAGUAUUGUCUAAAAAUGCAUUUUCCCAUCGAUAAGUUCACAUAAUUUAACUCAAUGCGGCCCCCGAGUCAAAAAGUUUGGGGACCUCUGGUCUAAGCGUUCAGAAACUAUCGCUGUGCAAGAAAAAAAAAGUAUGUAUUUAAAGAAUGUAUUUCAAAAAUAUAUUUCUUUUUUUUUAAAACCUUUUUUUUUUAUUGAGAAAACAAAGGCGAAGAAAAGAAUGUAUGUCCAAAUUGUGUAAGUUUGCUAUUUCAUGCGAAAAAGAGGAUGGUUAAGAGAAUGGUCCAAACAUAUUUUAAUUUACUGUAACACAAUUUAAAAACAUUAAAUUAAACUAAUGUUUUUCCACGUGUUUUGGAAAUUUAAAAACAAAACAAAACAAAAAAACAUUCUAUCACCAAUUAGCUCCACUUUUUAUUAGAAAUCAUUCUAAUAAUGGCAAAAAAAAUUGAUGAAUGUAUCGCCGACUUUUUUUAUUUUAAUAAUUUUUUUGUAAAUCAUGUUUUUUUUUUUUUAACCUUCCUCUUGUUACCAUCUCUUAUGUGAACGGGUCGGUUUUGGCCCAUGUCUUAAAUCAGCUGUAAAUUACACUAAAAACUAUUUGUUUCUCAUCUCUUGGUUACCUUGUUAGGCUUCCUUAUCCAUGAAAAUAUUGGUUUUAAUAUUUUUGGUGUGGGCCAUCGGGCCUUUUUUUUUGUCACUAUACCCCUCGAUUUCAAUUUUAAAAAUGGUAAAAUGAACCUUAAGAGAAUCGUAUAAAUAAAUAAAAUGUUGUGUUACCUGACUAUUACUGAGGGGUACUAGGACACAUCUCUUAAAUAAAUUAGUUUUAUUAAUUUUUUCAUUUUAAUAAUGUUAUACUGAAUUGACCUCACUUGUUUGUUUUUGUACUGGAAAACAAGGUAAAAUGAGAAUCCCCUAAAGCUCACAUGAUUGGGAGAGGAGCUGGCUGUCAGUGUGUUCGGUUUUGGUUCUAAUUAUUGCUUGAUAAUCUUAUGUUUAUAACUGGGUGGAAACCGACCCUAACAUCACCAAGGUCAUAAGUUUAACCAGAACAUUUUAUGAUUUAGUGGAAAAAAAAAAAAAAAAAAAAAGUUUUGUUUUGUUGAAAUAGAGGUCCCUGAAAAAAUCAAAAAGCCUUAAUGCAAAAAAAUAAAUUUAUGUGCUUCUUUCAUGCAUUUAAAAACUAAAACGGGUCGAUGCCGACCCUAACACAAGACGAAGGUUAAACGAUGUCUCUUAAUAAAUAGAUUUUCAUUGCACAGCGACAUAACCAGUGAGCCUUCGUGUCCCCCUUAAAUUAACACACACACACAUACACACACACACACACACACACACACACACACACGCACACACACACACACACGUCAUGAUGUGGACAUCCAGACAAAAUGAAGCACAAACAUUGUAUCACACAGUACAAGACACAACACACAACAACAAACCGCACUGCCACUGAUCAUCUUCCGUUUGUUCUCUCACUCUCUUUUAGAGUUGCCAUUGAAUUUAACGUUUGCUUUUAUUUAGCAGCGAGCUGCGUCGACGACUGUUUACAUACCCUUUGGACUCCUGCAGGAUCCAAGGGGACCAAAGACUUGUAACAAAUACUCAGCAGAGACCUGAAGAAGGACUCUUUAACACGCGGCAUAUCAAGAACAAAUCAACUGGUUUGACCUCUGAUUAUUUUCUACUCCUUCCUUUGUGUUGCUUUUAUUCAAUUGACCUUUUUCUAAGCCAUACCGUGCUGUCACGACAAUGCUGUGGAGGCACUUGCAGGAAAAGUGCAUUUAAUAUACAAAGUAGUUGUACACGACAAGGGAUGUUUUUGACACCAAUGUAAUAUAAUUGGACAUAACACUUUGAUGUGCGUUAAUACUGUACUGUUUUUGUCACGUGUUGUUUCUACUCGUAAGACCACACAAAGAUGUGUUUUCUAAUGUUUUUGGACACAUUUAUACUCUAUUUCUUCUGAUUUGUGCAAAAUGAAUGGCUGUGCUAUCUUUAA